GCUGUGUCAGCUGUUUUUUGUUUUUCUGUUUGCUUGUGUAAUUGAUAAGAGCUUUACUUUUUAUUAUUUAUCGAAAAAUGCGCAGAACGUUUGCAUAUUUGAGAACUGGUUUUAAUGGAUUAAAUUGUAAUGAAAUAAAUGGACUAACCGCGAGACAUGCGUCCUCGGUUUGCUGGAAUUGCCAAAAACCGGGUAAGAACAUGAUAUGUGGGGAUUGCGGCAGUCUGCAGGAUGUGGAUAAUAACACGAACUACUUUGAGCUGCUAAGUUUUCCCACCAAGUUCUCGCUGCAACCAUCGGAGCUAACGCAGCGUUUCCGGCAAAUGCAGGCGCGUGUGCAUCCUGAUAAAUACAGCAAUAAAACUACCCGAGAGCAAACCAAUUCAGCGGACUGGAGUUCGCUGAUCAAUAAGGCAUAUAAAACGUUGGCGGCACCCGUGGAGCGAGGUCAAUAUAUGCUGGAGCUGGAGGGCGAGCAGAUGCCGCAGGAUAACAGCGCACUAAACACGGCUUUUCUGAUGGCCAUGAUGGAGCGCAAUGAGGAGGUGGAAGAGGCUGCCGACAGCAAAACGCUAGAGCAGCUAUAUACACAGUCAGUCCAAGAACUAGCAGAUAAGGCGCUUAAACUAACGGCACAAUUCGAGACAAACGAUUUGGCUGCGGUGAAGCAGACGUUGGUGGAAAUGAAAUAUUUACACAGCAUACAGAGCAGCAUUAAAAAGAAACAGCAACAGCUGAUGGCCAACUGAGCAUGCAUAUGCAAAUCGA